CCCGGUGAAUAAACGGAUUAUACGGAAAAUUUGAAAUUUUCCCACCUCGUAACGGGCAUCUAUCAUCGUGGUUUUGUCGGUGUCUCGAGAAGGAUGAUAAUAUGUGAGUGUGUGUGUGGGGAAGUGAAAAAGAAAAUACGGGCGAAAGCGCUUCCGUGCCAGUAGGAUCAUGGAUCACAUUCACGCCUCGGCGAAUUCCACAUUCUGCUUCACCAUUUGCCGUUUAGUGGAAGCCAGUGCCAUCUAGGUGGAUCUCGUCGUCGUUCCCUCCUCCGGUAAUGGUUCCUUGUUGAACCGGGGUGUGUGCGCACGUUUUUGUGUGUAUGUGAAUUUUGGUGUUGGGUGCCGAGUGUGUGGUAACAGUAGUAUAAAGGAAGCAUCAGAAUGGAUUAUGGAAGCGUAGGUAACGGAGGCGGCGGCGGCGGCAGUGGCACCGAUCGGUCUAUUGUGACGGGAUUUUAGCUGGAACAGAAUUACCUACUCACCAACUAAAACAAAAAAAAAGCAAUCCCUCACUCGCGUCGUGUCAGGAGGCAGGAGUGCGUGCGGGGCGGUUGAGAAUCCGUCAAGAUCAACAUCAACAUCAACAACGACAGCAAGGCGAAGAAGGCUUCGCUCGCAGUAACGCACCGGGACCGGCAAACAUCGUUCUCCUAGGGACCAGUCGGUCGUCACACAUUCAGAAGAUCGCUUCGUUCGUUCCGUUCCGUUCCGAGGGUUGCCGUUCACCGUACGAAAUAAUUACCGCAACGCGGCGCGCGGUAAAACAAAAACAAAAACAACAACAGCCAGUAGCAAAAGCAGCACACGAUUUGGAUGUUAAUUAGUGCACGCAUGGCAGAGAGUUUGCGGGGGAGGGACGCGAGAAAAGAAGAGGCGAAGAAGUGAGUUUUUAUCGAGAGUAAAAGUGGAAAGCAUUAGAACAGGAAGAAAAUGACGAAGAAGCAGGGAGUGUGACCGGUCAAAGUGAAACAACAAAAACAACGUGAAAAUAAUAAUAACAACAACAACAACAAUCAAGCGAAAUGAAAAUGUUGGCAACAGCUGCUGCACUGGCAGUUCCGUCGUCGUCGCCGUCGGAUUUUGUCGUUGAUGGGGAAGGUUCGUGGUUGCGAUGUUUUGGUUUGAAUCGUCGUGGUCGUCGUCACCAGCGUCUUCUCCUUAGCAGCGCCGAGGAAGGUGCGGUCGCGGUAGUUAUGUUGCUAUUAAAUGCUCGAUAGUGGCACGGAGGCAGACACGCGAUCGGAUGUGAAUUACAGUUGGCUUUCCCGCGGGUGUAAUAGUGUUUUGUUUCCACUGUAAUAAGGAUCUUUCCCGUGCGCAAUGUGUUGUUGUGAGGUGAAGGGGAUUUUCAUCGUCGACUAAUGAAACGAAAUGAGCAAUGAGUGAUGGAUAUUUUUCGGGUCAAAACCAACCCAUGAAUAAAGGAAAACAGUGAAUCUCAGUGCAUCAAACGCAAUUCAAUUGUUUAUCCUGCAAAUAGUGUAAAGUGUCCUAACGAAGAAGAAUCACCGGUUUGAAAAAAAUAAAAAUAAGUGAAACCAAGUGCGGGAAAAAAAGAAGUGUUUGAAACACCUAUUUGAUGAAACGAUGGUUUGAUGGAAUGAUCCAUCUCCAGUGUCCGAGUGCGUAGCACAACAGAGCAGAUUCGAAAGAGCGAGUGUCGCAUCCAACAGUUAUUCCAAUACCAAUUAGAAAAUGUCCUCUUCAGAUCACUUCCGGCCGAUGUCGGCACAGCAAACUCCAUCCGAAGGAUGGCACCACCACCACCAUCAUUGUCAACGGCAACGGACGACGAUGGCGUCGUCGUCGUCGUCGUUAAAAGCCAAUCCAUCAGCCACCGCCGCCACGGUGGCGUUGGGGCCGGGCAAUUUCAGUGCUAAUAGUGCCGGGAGUGAUAGCAGCGGGAAAGUGUAUCGAUUUCAGAAGCGGUUAGACUUGCAACAGCAGCAUCACAAGUGCAAGUCGUACCGUAGAACGUUCGGGGAUAAAGUGUCACCAAUCGAUGGUCAUUCGUCAGGGUAUGGAAGUGGCAGUGGCAGUGGCAGCAGCAGCAGCAGCAGAAGAAGAUUUAGGUGCUGUGUUGGGGGAUGUUGUCGUAGUAGUGCCAUCCUUGGAGGAGGUGGCCUUGGACGAUCGAAUGUCUUCCUGGUGGUGGCCCUGUUCCUGCUGGCGGGAUUCUGCACCCAGAGCGGAUGUGACGAUACCGAUCAGUUUCAGAAGAGCAGAAAGUUUACACCGACCACCGCGACUGUAGAUACGAUUCCCGCCCGGACGAUAUGGGCCGCCGAGGGCCAUCUGGCCGAGCUGCCGUGCGACAUCACCGCCCCCGGUUCGCAGGAUGCCGUCAAAGUGGUCCUCUGGUUUAAGGAUUCAAUCGGUGUCCCCCUCUACUCGGUGGAUUCCCGAUCCGGUGUGCCGGUGUCCGAAGGCGUCCAGUGGGCCACCGGGGACGAUUUGGGCCAGAAGCUAAAGAUCAUCAUCAGUGGCAAUCUGAAGGAAGCCCGGCUGCAGAUCAGCAACAUCAACCAGUCGGACUGUGGCGUGUACCGGUGCCGGGUGGACUUCUUCAACUCACCCACCCGGAACUACCGGUUCAAUCUGACGCUCGUCGUACCACCAGAAGAGCCGCGGAUAUUCGACGCCCAGGGAAAGGAGAUCGCCACGGUAGCGGGACCCUUUCGGGAAGGGCACGAGCUAUUCCUGUCCUGCCAGGUAUCGGGAGGUCGACCUCCGCCUCGGGUGUCCUGGUGGCACGGUGAUAGGGAGAUAUCCGGUACAAGUCAUCCAUCCGCAAUCGACGGGGCUGCCGCAAUGGUCAAUCAGCUCUUCCUCGGGACCGUCACGAGGGAACUCUACGGGGCCAAAUUUCGAUGCAAAGCGGCCGUCUCCAAGCUGAUUCCAUCGCUUUCGAAGGAAGUCUCCAUUCAAGUACACCUGAAACCACUCCGGGUGAAAAUCGUUACCCCUAAUGAGCUGCUCACCGCGGGUCGUCCCGUACCGAUUAGGUGCGAAGCGUGGGGUUCCUUUCCGGCGGCGAAAAUCGUCUGGCUGCUGGACGGGGAGCCUCUGCGAAGUGCCGACAUCACUGUUCAUAGCGAUAACAAUGAUGCAAAUUUUACCUCCAGCAUACUGACGAUGCGGGUCUCGGCCGGGAACAACGGUGCCGAGCUGGCCUGCCGGGCGUCCAAUCCGUGGUUCUCGAACUUUUCGCUCGAGGACAAGCGGAUUAUCAGCGUUGCAUACGAACCGGUCGUAUCGGUGCAUCUGGCCAACGAAGAUCCGAGCCGAGUCAUCACCCGGGCCGAGGGCGAAAACGUUACGCUCAAGUGCCGGGCCGACGCCCGGCCGUCGGUGACGUCCUUUUCCUGGUACAAGAAUAACAUGCGAAUGUCCGGCGAGGGCGGCGAAACGUUGCACCUGACCCAGCUGGAGCGGGAAAGUGCCGGUGGAUACGCGUGUGCCGCCUCCAACACCGAGGGCGAAACCCGCAGUUCCUCCAUCACCAUGAAGAUUCAGUUUGCACCCCGCUGCAAGCCGGGCACCGAACAGCAGACCAUUGGCUCCCUCAACAUGCACUCGAUGAACGUCAAGUGCGAGGUGGACGCCGACCCACCGGAUGGGGUCCGUUUCAGCUGGACCUACAACAACACCCGAAACGUGUCGCCGGUGCUGAACUCACGCGUCAGCUCCCAAGGACUGGUCAGCUCCAUGACCUACCUGCCGCAGUCGGACGCGGAACUGGUGACGCUCGCCUGCUGGGCCAUGAACAGCGUCGGGCGGCAGACGGUGCCCUGCCUGGUGCAUAUUCUACCGGCAAAAACGCCGGAUACGCCUCGAAACUGCGAACUCCACAACGACACCUUCCUGGAGGUGGUCUGCGAAGCCGGGAGCGACGGUGGUCUGGCGCAAAGCUUUCUGCUGGAGGUGAUUGGAGGUGCUCCGCCACCGAUGUUCAGCCUCGACUACACCCGGAGCCCACCGACUGAGAUUGAUAACGAAAUUUCCACCAUGAACGAUCAGGCCACCUUAGCGCCGCUAUUUCGGAUCCAGAAAAAUGAACCGCAGUUCCAGCUGCACAGCCUGGAACCGGGCCGGGAGUACCAGCUGUCGGUGUUCGCGGUCAACGCCAAAGGCAAAAGCUACCCUCCGUUCGUGAUCGACAAAGUGCGCGUCGGGUCGACCCUGAAACCACCGUACGUGGACGAAACCAUCAUCUCGGAGGAUCCGACGCCGGCCGAAACCUCCAACGCGGACAAGCAGAAGCAACACUCGCAGAUGGUGAUGUUUGCGGCGGUGGCCGCCGCCGCCGGAGUCGUCAUCACCUCGGUCAUCGUCGCCGGCUUCGUAGCGAUAUGCAGGCUCAAGCGACCGAAGCCACCCGAACCGCAGGAGGUGCGGAAGCGAAUGCGACCUGCCAGAACCGAUGUGCCAUCGAUGUACGCCGAGGACGAUGUGUUCGAGGACGAAUUCCAGCGGCAACCGGGCGACCCCCGGUGCAGUCGAGCUUCCUCCACCCUGCGGAGUAGCCGCUAUAUCUCCGAGGGCUUUGUACAGUAUUCGCAGCCUAGUCUUAAUGUCUAUAUUGCAGAUCCGGACCUGAUUCUUCCCCGCGGCGGCGACAUCGAGUUCACCACCCUGGCAGGAGCUUAGCAGUGUGUCCCGGACGACGGCGGCAGCAGCGGUGAUCCUGCCCAAGAUGCCGACGUCAACCGGAAAGCACCGGUGCUGUAAAUAGGAGAGCUACCAACCGACCCAACAACCCCGAUCAAAAGGGGACUUGUACCUUUUCCUCCAUUUACUUGUAGUGUUGGGUAAUUUUUAAAAUGAAGUGCAAGAAUGACGGUGCGAGCGAAGACUGAGUGACUGAUAUUCGAGUGAAACAAUACCAAAAACAAGUGUAGAGCGGAUUUGUCACCAGACAAACGAAUUUAGAUAAACGUGAAAUCAAACUUUUGUCUUUUGCGAAAAGAUAAGCGAAACGAUUUGAUCAAAAGAAAGGAAAACAUUUAAAGGAAAAAAAAAGCAACUGUUAAACACUGCCCCCAAUAGUACUUGGGAGGGUUAAUGAUUAUUGUUUUUUUGGAAAGGAGAGUCGCGGGGAGAAGCCAGAAACAAGAAACUAUUUAUAACUUUGAGUAGAUUUAUUUUUUAGUCUAGCGAAAAGAAACACAAAAGUUCAGAUGAUUUAUUGAAGAAGCAAGUUACUGUAUAAAUAUCUGUUAAGGCGAGCGAAGUUCGAUUUAAAAGAGAUUGAUGUAAAUUAAGGAAAAA